CCCUCCCUAAGCUUCCGUGUUCGUUCUGCUCUGAGCUCCCUCUCAGACUCUACCGAUGAAAUACAUGCUUCCAGGAACUUCUUUCUUCUAAGAAAUACAGGAAAUCCUCCUUGCAGGGAGAUUGGGACCCUAGCGACCUGGAGAAUCCUUGACUUUCCUCGUGUGGUCCUGGCCCUCGUUAGGAUUGACUUCCUGCUGGCCUGAGGCUAGAGAUGGCCACUCCAUCUCACCGAGGAGCAGCUGGAGGAAGUCAGGAAGACCAUAGAGGCUCCAAGACAUUGAUGAGACAGGGGGAAGGACCAAGCACAAGCCAGGACCAGAAGGACACUUUCAAACAGAGCCAGGAAACAUCCACACUGCGGCUCCUCCUAUUAGGGAAAUGCGGUGCAGGCAAAAGUGCCACAGGAAACACCAUUCUGGGUAAAGCCAUGUUCGAGUCCAAGUUCAGUGACCACACGGUAACCAAACAGUGUCAGAGCGAAACUGUGUCCCUGAGAGAGAAGCAGGUCAUUGUCAUUGACACCCCAGAUCUAUUCUCCUCACAGUCCUGUGCAGAGGCCAGGCUGCUGAACCUGCAGCAGUGUUUGAAGCUCUCGGCUGAUGGUCUCCAUGUGCUACUGUUGGUCACACCCAUUGGCCACUAUACAGAGGAGGACAGGGAGACCAUUAAGGGCAUCCAGGAUGAGUUUGGCACUAAAGCCUACAGUCACAUGAUUGUGGUCUUCACUCGGGAAGAUGAACUGGGUGAAGACUCGCUGAAGGACUACAUUGACAGCAAGAGCUCUCUCAAGGCAUUGCUUGAAAACGUUGGAGAUCGGUACUGCACUUUCAACAACAAGGCAGACAAGGAGCAGCGGGAACAGCAGGUGGCCCAGCUCCUUGAUGUGAUUGAGCAGUUGAUGGUCGGAAGCCCGGGACCAUAUUUUGUGCCUUUGAAAAUGGAAGGCAGUGGAGUCCAGGGUUGUGGGGAUAGAGCUACAUAUGAAGAAGGGGACAAUCUGUGUGGUCCAAAGAAGAGACAGCCUCAGAUUCCAGGACCACAUCAGGAUGUAGAGAUGCCAGAACUGAGGGUCCUCCUCAUGGGGAAGCGUGGUGUUGGGAAAAGUGCAGCAGGGAACAGCAUUCUGGGGAAGCGGCCCUUUAAGACUCAGUACAGUGAGCAGCAGGUCACCAAGGUCUUUUCAUCCAGCAGCAGGAUCUGGAAUGGGAAGAAAGUUCUGGUCAUUGAUACUCCAGAGAUCUCAUCGUGGAAGCCUGAUGCAUCUGAAGUCAAGGAGCACGUCUCUCUGGGCCCCCAUGCCUUCCUGCUGGUGACACCACUGAAUUCUUUGAUGAAGAGUGAUGACAAUAUGUUCAACCCUGUCAAAAAUAUUUUUGGAGAGAAAUUCACCAAGUUCACGAUUAUUCUCUUUACCAGGAAAGAAGACUUAGAGGAUCAGGCUCUAGAUGAAUUUAUAAGUAAAAACAGCAAUCUCCAGGAGCUCGUCUUGAAAUUUGAAAAAAGAUAUACCGCUUUCAACUAUCGGGCGACUGUGGAGGAGGAGUGGAGGCAGGUGAACAAACUCCUGGGCCAAGUUGAGAGCAUGGUGCAGUGCAACGGCAACAAGCCUUGUAUCUUCAGGGAGAAAGAACUCAUAAACAUAAUACUCCUAGGAAGGAGUGGUACUGGAAAGAGUGCAACUGGAAACACGAUCUUGGGGAGACCUGCCUUCCUGUCUCAACUAGGAGCUCAGCCCAUCACCAGUAGAAGCCAGAGUGACAGGAUGACAGUGGAUGGGCAGGAUAUUGUGGUUGUGGACACUCCAUCAUUCAGCCAGAUGCCUGGUAUUCAAAAGGAUCCUUCCAGGUUAAAGGAGGAGGUCAAAUACUGCUUGUCUCUCUGUGAAGAAGGAAUGAAGGUUUUUGUUCUGGUGCUUCAGCUGGGGCGGUUCACCCAAGAAGAUGAGGCAGCAGUGGAGCAACUGGAGGCCAUGUUUCAAGAAAAAAUUAUGAGAUAUAUGAUUGUGCUGUUUACACGGAAGGAAGAUCUAGGGGAUGGAGACCUUGGUGAUUAUACUAGAAACACAAAGAACAAAGCCCUUAAAAGCAUAAUUAAAAAGUGCAAGGAGCGAGUUUGUGCCUUCAAUAACAAAGAAACUGGUCAAAACCGGGAGGCCCAGGUGAAAGAGCUGUUGAAAAUAGCCAAUAGUCUCAGAAAAUCCUAUGAUGAGCAUUCACAUUCAUGGGUGGAUUUUGGCCAUCCAUUCAAAACAAUAGGCCAACAAAUUGCUAGUAUGUUUAAACAAUGAGCUCAAGUGAGUAAUUAAAAGGUCUGGGACAUAGGAGUGUCAUCAGACAGAGGUGGGUGGGAUGAGGGAACGGCAUGACUGGUGGGAUCAUUCCCCUCAAAGAAAGUUCAUGACUUUGAAGGUCAACCCUAACCCUAACCCUAAUCCUAACCCUAACACUAACCCAUGUUGGAUGUAGGUGUUUGGAUGAAAAAAUUGUCAAGUUAGGCCAAGCAGUAGGGAAUUAGGGGACAAAGAGAAUAAGGUAGAGGAUAAGGGAAAUGUUUUGAAUAUCAAGAUAGUAAGGGUCAAAACCAUUCCACAAGUGUAGGUCGAACAGAGUCAGCACUGACACCAGGAUCAAGACUCAGGUCAGUGUUGAACCCCAAUAAGAUACUACCUGGAGAACCAGGGGAUCCAGACAGAUCCAUACAAACAUGCAUGCAUACAUACACACAUACACACACACACACACACACACACACACACACACACACACACACACACACAGAGGAAGACAAGGCCAGCAUUCUUGGACAUGGCAGAAAGUGAAUGUGAAUAUCAACAUUACGACUCCAUUCUGUCUUUGUGCACAUCUUCACUGGUAUGUGAAAUUUAUUCCAUGGUAUUUUGUGCCUGAUCUAUACUGGAAGUUUCUUGAGGUGAACAAUAUGUGAAAUGGACAAUAUGAAACUGUCUCCAAAGUGUAUUAAGGGUCAGGCAUUUUAAAUAUCAGCUACUUUCAUAUGUACCUUGAGGAUAAGUCAUAAAACAUAUGUGUUUAGUUAGCAUCAAGAUUAACCUAUUGGUAGGGUAAUGAAGCCUGGGAAUUGAUAUGUUUUUGAUAUUACACUUUAUCUUAGCCAAAAGGCCAAGGAGUGAUUCUACAAUAAUCGAAUGCCUCUUAUGUCUUAACAUGGUAACUUCUAGAAAAUGUAUGUGCAAAUAUAUUGAGUUGAAUCAGAUAAUAAAGAUGGAUUGGAUUGUGACUUCA